GAUGGAUAACAACAGUCCAAUGGAGAAAACUUCAAGUCUCAAUCUGGCCCGGUUGUACGGCAGCAAGAAGUCCUCAGGUCGCCCAUCAACGACUUAAUUGUGAAGGCGUACGCUGAUGCAUAUUGCUCAGGAGGUGAAAAUUAAGGGCUACAUCAAUAUUGUCGGAUACAAGGUGGUCGCGGAUGAGAAUGUUGAUCCAGGACGUUAUGGCUUCAGAAUAGUACACGAUACAGAUAAGGCACAUUUUUUCUGCUCUGACGAGCAAAUCGUGGUACGCGAACGGAUGAAAGCCACCAUGAAAGCCACCAUUGGCAGAGACUAUUCGAUCGCCCAAGCGAUGAACCCUGCCCCUCGACCGCCAUCUCCUUCUGCUCGUGAUGCGACACAAAAGGCUUUGCGCCGCGAGAAUCCAAAUCAAUUGUCUUCUCGUGAUACUUGAGUCCUGAUGGGUAUACUAUCGCCAGAUGCCAGCGAUGCACAAGAUAGCGAACGGACGCGUCUCGAUUCGAUUUUUACUCAGCAACCUGGAUCAGGCCA